AUGCGGCACCAUCUGUUGUUCUCACUAAGUUGGGCCGCGGGUUUUGUGCCACCAUGUACCUUGAUCUCCCCAUGGCAGUGGAAGGUCUUGGCCCGGACACAGGAGCAGGUUGGGGUCCAGGCGACCACGACGGAGCGGCUGGUGGCGUACAACCCAGUACAGAACGCCUACGCGGUCGAAAAGAGUGCACAGCGUGCCACGCCCGCGAUCCUGCAGCAGCCACUCCUCAGCUACCUUGACCCCGACGAAGCCUGCAGCAAAUACGCCGCCGGGGGCGGCAGCCUCAUUACCCAGCAGGACGACCUGAAAGCCGCCCUGGACGAGGACGACUCGGACGAAGAUGAGGAGGACGACGAGGACGAGGAGGACGAGGAAGAGGCAACCCAAACGGGGAAGCCUGUCGCGUCGCUGCAAGAGCAACUAGCCCCCACUACCAGCACCUACCCUAUCCUCGCCAAACAACUGAACACGACCGGCGUACUCAAAGACUACACCGCCCGAAACACGUUUAAAAGUCUAGCCCUCCUCUUCAACCAAUAA